ACCGCAGAGGACAAGCUGCAGUAAAGCUGUUCAACAGAAGCAACAAUGGCACCGAGGCCUAACAGUCAGGUGGAGAAAGUUGUUGAUGAGGUGUUAAGGAGUGGGGAUGUCCAAGCACUGGAUGCUUUCUUGCAAAGCAACAUAUACGAGGGGACCCCGAUAAAAUGUUCCCAACAGUUUCUCACCAAAUUGGACAAACUUGUCAGCAGGAGUUUGGAUAAAAAAGAUUCCAAAACAGCCAGUUUGGCUCUCGCUAUCCUCUACAAAUGUGGGAAGAACCUGAAACUACCUGGUGGCCCCCAAGGACUGUCAGGAAUGAUAGCUCAAGGCCUGCUCAAAAAGAUGGUUCAGUGGUUUGAGAAAUGCAGGCAACUGUGGAUCCUGUGUGGCCCCCAGUGGGACGAGACCCUAUUCAACCUCUCUGAGGACUUCUUUGAUGCCUUAAUGGUGGUUCAUGAAGCAAGCAAAGAGGGAACAUACAAAAUCACAGAGUCAUUUCUGUAUCCUGUUGGUCGAUUGGCAGUAGACCCUAGAAUCUACAUCCUGAUCCAAAAAGAGGCAAUUCGGAAAUUCAACUUAAUUCUGGACAAAAUCCCAGUGGAGCUUAAGAAAGAGAGAAAGAUUCUAAUAUCACAGGAGGCCUCAGAUAUCAUGAUCAAGCUCGCUGGUCAGAUACUGAAGGGUGGUGACUACGACUUGCAGAUAGGCCUGAUGGAGGCAUUGUGCAGAAUGACCACUCCUGACCAGAGGAAGGAGCGGGCUGAUAAGUGGUUCAGCAUGGAGCAUGUAGCGAGUGCCUUUGUCAAGAUCCGUGAUUCUGAGUUUGAGACGGAUUGUCGCAACUUUUUGAACUUGGUUAACGGGAUGCAAGGAGACAGGAGAAGAGUGUAUUCCUAUCCUUGUUUGGAGGUUUAUCUGGACAAGCAUGAGCUGCUGAUGCCCGCUGAUGAGAAGCUGGAAGAAUUUUGGAUCGACUUCAACCUUGAUAGCCACAGCAUCUCCUUUUACUUCUCUUUGGCUGAUGAGGAAGCACAGGAGGGCCAGUGGGAAACAAUAUGUAUCAAUGACAAUGAAGUCCAAAGCUACACUGUCACAGAGGAGGGCAAGAGGAAAGUCUUGCAGUUAAAGUUGUCAACGGUGGUGAUCGUGGGUGCGGUGGAAGGAUCAAGUCUUACCAUCCACUUCAGCUGCUCCCUAGACAUUCUGCAGGCUGCUCGUACUGUCUAUGGACACAGCAAAAACAAAGGCUUUGUGGGGAAGACAACCGCAUCUGUUGUGAAGACUACCAUUAAAAUUAUGAGGGAAGAUAACAUAUCGCAGGUUGUUCCAGAGAGUCAGAUAUCCCUCAGUGAAAGUGAGAAAAAUACUGAACCCUGCAUUUUACCUGCCCCAUCUGCACCUGCACAGAUGGUGACCCCAACCAAGAUGAAGAUUUCAGAGUCGACUACCUUCAUUAGCGGCAGUGCAGGAGGAAGUGUACAUGGUGUCAAAACCUUCUCUGCUGUGAUGACAAACACUUCAGCCAAAGGUAAAGAGAAACCAUCUCUGGAGAUGGUCCGUUCAUGUGACAGGCAAGGCGAGCUUAACCUGGCAAAGCUAAGGACAGCUGCUAAGACCUACAGUAAUGGCACAACACCUAACCGCGCAAUAACAGGUUGCAUGACAGAGCAGAGCGCUACAUCUCUACAGAGCACAGCUUCCAAACUGUCCAACAAGAACAAGGUUGGCAAAAACAGAAAGAGCAUACCACUGGCUGAACAGGGAGAGGAGCAGCUUCUGGAGCCCAAUUACGUGCCUGACACCCAACCCACAACUGGGAGAAACAUAUCUUUAAACUGGAGCAAACUGUCAGUCUCUGAAAUGCUAAUGAUGCCCACACAGAAAAUCAAUUCUCUAACAAGACCUGAGUCUCUUUCAAGUCUGGAGCGACAGCAGGAGAGCCUGUCCUCAGCACAGAGAUUGUCAGUUUCAGGCUCAAGCUCAGUUGGCCAAAAGCAAUUUCAUACAGAACUCACCCAGCGCCUGAAGCAGGUCCUCAAUGAGAGGAACCCAGAUCCUGCACCUCAGGAGCCAUCUGAUAUCAGAGAGGCUAAAGGCAGAGGCUCUGUGGAGCGCUGCGCUUCAAAACGGUGUGCUCCCAAAGAACAGCAGGCCCAGAGAAAGGGCUCGGCCAAAGGGAAAAUCAAACGUCAGAUGUCAGUGGAGGCACAAGCAGCUCUAAUCAAAGCUCCAGCUAAGACCACCACAACAGAAGCUCUGCACAAGAGAGUACCACAUAAUGUUAAGGCUGACACUAACUGGGACCUUUCAAGCAAAGAGAAGAGAGAUGCAGAGGUUGCAGGCAGCAUGGUGAAGCUCAUCUCUAGCCGUUAUGAGAGUAACACCAAAUCCACAGCAAAAGAUGCAGAAAUUAUCCCUCAGAGCUGGAUUCCUCCUCUUGUCAACAGGCCGAUUUUCAAUAUGAGCUGGUCAUCAACAGCUAAAAGAGAAGUAUGCCUCAUGAAAUCCAACAACAAAACCACAGCAAACUCUACAAGGCAGAGAAAAGAUGUUUUCGCAUUCAGCGGCGAUUCACCAUUAAGUGCUGGGGGGAAGAAUAAAACCUUCAACAACAUCUCAGCCAUAUCAAGCAGUGGCAUCCAUGACUCCUCAGCGCUCCACAGCACAACCAAGAAAAAACAACCUGUGGUAAAGGAGAAGCGUUAUGUGAAGAGGCAUCUGUUCAGUGACACAGACACUGACUAUGUCACAACAGAUGUCAGCUGGCUGAGGGAAUCGAGCAGAAAACAUAAGCCCAAAGUUGCCAAAUACUCCAGACAGGCACCCGUCAAGCCUAAAGCUGUGUCACCUCAUACUUCGUUUGAAUCCCCAGGUCUACCCCCAACCUCUCCAAAACCUGUAAACAGUGCUACCAAUCCCAUUAAGAAGAAGCCCGAUGUGAAGAGGAGAGUAGGGCAACCAAUCAAGGCAGUAAAGCCAACAGUAGAACCCAGUAGACCACCUGCAGCAGGCGGGAGGCCUCGGAGAACUGCUGCCACCUCUGCCAAGAACUACAAGGAGCCAGACACUGAUGACAGCCAGUCAGAAUCAGAGGAGCCUCCCAUUUCAAAGCACUCCUCCACUAAUCAUCUGGAGAAUGCUGAUAAAACUCACACGGCAAAUCAAGUGACAAAGAAAAAGAUUGCCAGCAUGCAAACAACCAAGAGUUAUGUGAAUGUGGAGAACAACCAUCGUCGCAGCCGGUCAGAGGCGGAGGUGGAGUCGAAGUCAGAGCAGCCACCCACUUUGAAAUAUUUUGUAGGCCAGCACGGGAAGACUGAAAAAACCCAUUUGGAGGCUCCAGAAGCAAAGAAGAGAAAACAACCUGAACAUUCCACGGAUACAAACAGGAGACUGGAAAAAAACAAUCAGUCAGAUCUGAAAAAGCCAUCUGGUCUCAAGCAGAAACCUGAGAAAGUUCUUCCAGAACUUUCAAAGUUGAAAAAGAAAAUUGCCAUUCCUGCUCAAGAACAGAUGAAUGGAUUAAAUGAGUCCUUGGCUGUCCGCCAGUCCUCUUUCUGUCCGUCCCCUGCUGCGAUCGAGACGAUGAGAUCUGCUGAGAGGUCUGCCCCAACUUUGGGUUUGACCUGCUCCCCUCUCCUCACCCCACAAGGAUCCCCACUCCCUGCUUCCCCGGACCCUCCCUGCAAGGACACCCCUUCGCCAAUCCGCCUGCUACCCAAACUUCACUCUACAGUCAGCAGUAAGGGAGACUUCAGGCCCUCCUCUUUCUACAGUGGAGAAAAGAAGCACAGCUCAUCCAAGACUCAAUCCAUCCAGUCCAUCCCUUCUCUCCCUUCACUGACCCCCAGAGGUCAAACCUCUGCACCCGGUGCUCCCACUGGACUGAGUGCAGCAGAGAUAAGUCCAAUCCAGCAGUGUCGACCCUCAUCAGGUCGAUCUCCUUUGUCCACUCGACCACUGUUGACAUCCACACUCCUCGAGCAGGACAAACCGUCUAUGCCCUCUCCUCCUCAGUCUCCAUUCCUUGACGACACCAUCAACCAGGGGAGCCACUAUGGCUUCAGUAAAGUGUCUUCAGCGUCCUGGGUUUCACUGAGCCAGUCGUCCAAGUCAUCAGUACUCAUUAGUAGAGUUAAGGACAGCCCCGCUCCUGCCCCGGCUGUGCCUCAUAAAGCAGAGAAAACACCAUCUUCAGACCGAGACCCGACUUCUGAACAGCUUCAUAUCUCAGGACCUAGUCGCAAGCGCCACAUCUCGUCCAGUAAUUCUGAGGAAGAUGAGAAGGAAGAGAGGAAGCAAAGCAAAAUGAGAGGGCAGCGUUCUCCUCGAAUGAAACCAAGGAAGUUGUUCAAGUCCUUCGCUGAGGUGUCUCCUGUGGAUGAGAUGAGCCACGUGACGUCUUCCCGCACGAUAAGCUUCAGUCACUGGGAGACAGACAUGGACAUGGAUGAAGAUUUUGAAAUGCCAAAAAUUGCUGUAAACCCAAGUAACCUGUGCCAGCAAUUCAGCACUGAGCUGAAGAAGAAGUUUCAGAAUCGUCAUAAUAUGGUGGAAGUUUACAACAAGCAGUCAUUAAAGACCGUCCAGCAACAUGUCUCCUCCCUCAACAUACAAGUUACCAAAAACAGGACUCAGAGGCUGGAAGAGGUUCAGAACGUCCUCUUGAAAGAGAUCCGCAAACUGGAGCAGAAUGACACUGUGCUGAAAAACAUGGAGAAAGACCUUGCUAUCUACUGGCAAAAGCAGGUUGUGGCUUUCCAUUCUUACAAGGAGCAGGAAACCAUAAGAAAUGAGACGCUGAAGAAAGCCCUCCAGAAUAACGUGUGUCACAGUUUGGAGUAUGAGGAGAGAUUAUUCUCUUCUCAGAUGUGCCUAAUGAGAAAAGACAUGAAGUCAGUUCAGGACAGACUCCUCAGUGAGAUGCAAGAAGAGGAGGUCCAGAGUGUAAAGAGAGGUCUGCACGCUUUGUUUUUCCCCUGAUGGAGCCUCGUUCAGAGCUGCCAAAGGUCUC